GAAUUCCAUUUGUGUCGAGUUUUGUUUUUAUGGUUAGAAUUUGGAAAAUUUGAUUACACUUUCAAAAAUCAAAGUAUCUGUUUUAUAAAAACAAAAGUAAUUGUUGCUAUUGUUAUUCAAUAAUGCUUGCAAAUGCUUCUAUUAAAAACGAAUGUUUGAAACCGUCCUUGCGUUCUUCUAAUGAUUCAUCACUUGUGAUUUCUACAAGUGCAAAUAGAAGUGUAUGUUAUAACACUUUUUCAACUACUACUCACUGUAUAAUUCCGGCAAUAGACUCUGCGACGGUCACUACGAACAAAAACUUAUCCUCCAAAAGUAACAAGUUAAGGGAAACUAUCGAAAUGGAUCAUUGCUAUGCAAGACCCUUAAACUGGACCGCUGAGUCUUCAUUUUUUCAACCAACAAAAGUUUUGUUUAUGACACCGGAGGAGUUAAAUCUUAUAAAAUCCAAAAAUCCUUUGGCACCGCAGCUGACUGAUGACACUGAUGAUCUUAUUGAUGUUGAAUCAGUACCUGCAGACCUACCAGAACAAUAUGAUAAAGAAAAAGGAAUUUCUCUUAUGGAAGAAUGUAAUCGACAUGCUUCAUAUGCUCGUUCUGAUGAUGGAAAUGAUAACUGGGAGGACACAAUUUCAAAAACAAAUUGGACAUUUUCACAAAACCUACUAUUUAAUGGUAUGGUGAAAAUAUUAAAUAGCGAUCGCCUUGCACGAUUGGCACAUACUAGUGCAUAUCACGAACCAAUCUUACGCCGUAUUGCAAUUGAUAAGGCUGUAAAACGAGUGAGAUAUUUGUUUGCUACCGUUUCGUGGAAUUCUAGGUUAACACAAUGGCUUCAUCAACUACUACUGGAUAAUCUAACUACGUCUUAUCUUGGGGCAUAUUUUGAUAUUUUGCAGACAUUGAAAUCAAAACUUCCUGUAUUUGUGGAUAAAAUGAUGUUUGGUCCAAAUGCGAAUAGCCGAGUUGGCGCGACAAGUAACGAAAGCCUGUUUCACUUGCUAAAACGACCAUGGGACCCUUUCGUUAGCAGUCUUGUACAAACUAGGCCUCGAAAAUUACCCGGAAAUCCGAUUGUUGUCAUCGUACCUUCGUCUCCCAGUAUUUCUAAUCCUAAUCAGCUUAAAAGGCAACAUAAAUGGAUCACAUUGUUGUCAAAUUUAUGUACAGUCGUCGCAGUUCACACCAACAUGGGUAAUUAAUUAUAAACAGAUUUUCAAGCUCAUCUA